GCUGAUCUUGUGCGUAAAACAUCCCUGAUAUUUGAGGCGCUCCAGGGAUUUAACGAGCAUGCCCAGUGCGCUCCUCUCAGCAGCGGAGGAAACCACUGGUGCAGCGUACGAGUCAUACCAAGCAUAGCCUGCGUGUCAGUGCAGUCGACUUACAGCUGGCUGUGAGGAGAACUGACGCUACUCUUUCCUUUAUUUGCUCUGUGUCGCCGCUAUACAUUUAUCCGUAUUUCAGAAAAGUACCGUAAACUCAUCAAAACAACUGCGAUAACACUUUGGUUAUUAUUAUUAUUAUUAUUUUUUAGAUUUGUUGUUUUUUUUCCUGAGAAAGUUCGAGGCUGGGCCUUUAGCUUUUUGACCGUCGCUUGAGAGAAGAAGAAGAAGAAGAAGAAGAAAAAAGCUGGUCUCUUUUUUUUCCUUUUUUCUUUUUCUAAAUAAAAACCCGAUAAAUGCUACUAACGAAAAUGGACCUGUUGAACUACCAGUACCUGGACAAAAUGAACAACAACAUCGGUAUCCUCUGCUACGAAGGUGAAGCAGCUUUGAGAGGGGACCCCAGACUCCAGUCCCUGUCCCUGUCCUCAUCCUCCUCCUCCUCGUCGUCAUCGUCCUCAUCUUCCUCCUCCAUCUCCAGCCACAGGACGGGUCCACCUCCCAUCAGCCCUACAAAGAGGAAGCUGAGCGGGGACCAGGGGGACAGUGACAUGGACGAUAAUGAGCAUGUGGCGAAGAUGAGUCGACUAUUUGCUGCACAGCUGAAACCUAAUGGAGACUACCGCAGCUCUACUGUGUCCAAGGACCGGAGCCGGAGCCCCAUUGAGCGCGUGGUGGUGCCCGGUGCUCUGGGAGUCCACAGCAACCACCUGUACAGCCACACCCACCACCACCACCACCACCUGGCCAGCUUAGCCGGCAUGGACCAGCCGCUGGCGCUUACCAAAAACAGCAUGGUGGAGUCGGCACGCAGCAGCACAGCAGCUAUGGCCACGGUGCCACACACAGUCAGCGCUGUGGAACGCCAGCAGAAUCGUCCGUCAGUGAUCACAUGUGCCCCGGCCAACAACCGUAACUGCAACCUGUCUCACUGUCCUGUCUCCCACAAUGGCUGCUCCAACCUCGCUAACAACUACAAGAGAAUCAACACUAACACGGCCUGUGAUCCUGUGAUCGAGGAACAUUUCCGCCGCAGCCUCGGGAAGAACUACAAGGAGCCCGAACCCACUGCCACCAACUCGGUGUCCAUCACAGGCUCCGUGGACGACCACUUUGCCAAGGCGCUGGGCGAAACCUGGCUGCAGAUCAAAAACAAGGGGAGUCCCUCGUCGUCCGGCAGCAGCCCAAACUCCUCCCCCGACAGUCACAUGGUCAAUCACAACCAUUCCCCUUCUCUCGUUUCCUGAAGAGGAAGGGUUCUGCCCCCGUUUCUCCACCCCCCCCCCCCCCUCCGAUCAUCCCGGCUCCAUCAUCCACGUCCCUGUAACUUUGGUCUGUCACCAGCAUCCCAGAGGGAAUGCCUGCCUGCUGGUCUGCUAAAAACAUCCAAAACCUUUGAGCUUACUCUCUCACUGUGGACUCAGAGAGGAUCGAUCAAGCAAUAACGACAUGAUGACUUUUUUCCUUAUGUCCUUUGGUAUGAUGCUAAUGACCAUGACAAUAUUCAGUGAGGAGGGCUCAACUUGGGGCUUGACUGGAGCAUCCGCUCGCUCCAUCCAUCCAUUCGUUCGUUCGUUCAACAUCCCUGCAUGUCAAGCUUGGAGCUGAGCAGUUGUUUGUAGUUAUAUGUACAUAAAGAGAAAGAGGGAGGAAAGGUGGCGUUUUAAUGAAUAAUUUACUUUUUGUUUGUUCGUUUGUUUUUUUGUUUUUCCUUUAACGGUAGUUUUGUGUACUGCUUCUGCAUUACGAGAUGCCCGAUGUUUGAAAGAAAAGAUAAGUGAGAAACACUUUGGGGGGGAAAUAAUCACAAACCACCUGACUGUGCUACCAAAGAAACAUCAGACACCGAUCAAUCAGUCAAUGGCCAACUUGAAAACAAAACGACUAAAUGCCAUCUUCUAAUCGCCUCAGCCCGUUUUAGCUUCUUUCCUACUCUCUCCAUCUCUGUCCCGUGUAUGUGUCCUGGUGGUUGUGUUACUGUAUGUUUAUACUUAGGUGAUGGACUUGGUUUGAUUUGCACUACUGCCGAGGGUAAAGGGUGGUACGUCAGUUUUGUAAUCUGGCCCUGGACACGCUAGGACUGAUAACGCUGAUUUUGUCGCAUUCGGAUAUUAUCCAGAUUUAGCUGGAUCUCCCAUUAACUCUAGUUUUAAAUCUCACUAGGCGUAGUUUCACCCCUGCCCCAGCAUUACCUACACUAUUUAUUAACAAAGGAACAUACAGAGCAGCGGCAUCGGGCAGAGCCACAUGAUACGCAUUUCCUGCUAAACAAUGAGUCUUAACUGUAACUGCAACGCCAGUGUGCAGCUGUUAAGUAAAAAACAUGCUUCUAUGAUAAAAGAAGAUGUAAAAAAUCUGUUGUCCAAACAGUUGUGCGGACGAGGCACAGUAACUAAACUGAUCCGUCCCCUCCAGCACUUCACUAAGACUGUCGGGCUGUAUGAAGAGCCCUCUGUAUUGAGGGCAGGGGUAUAAAUAAACCGGCAAAUUGUGGAGAGAACUGGCCAUUCUUCAACUGCCAUCACCAUGGAUACGAAUAUAAGCAUUAAUCAUCAACAAAGAAGCGCACACACCAAGCGACUUAAAGAUAAACUCAUGUUCAGCGUCUAUUCUAACUCGUUGGUUCGGUCUAAAACCGCCAUUCAAGGUAGUUUCUUCAAGUGUUGCUUCAAGUCACGUGACAUGAAUCGACCACUGUUGAUCCGUAUAAAUCCACACAAACUGGUUGCCUUUCAGUCAGGUUAUCAGUCAGCUAACUGGUGUUGACGGGGCGUCGCGGCCAUAAUGAGAGGAGAUUAGGGCUGAAAACGCAGCCCAACAACCUGCAGCGUGUUGAAGGUUGGGCUUCUGCUGAACAAUGUGCUUUGAUGUGUUCCACGGGCUUAACUGCUGACAGUGAUGAGGGGACAGAUGACGCUGCAUGUCACUUUGUGGUCGAAAAAAAAAAAACACAAAACAAAAAGUCUGGUUUCUCGACCGGGGGAGAGAAGAUUAUUCAGAUCUCUUCAAACAUGCCUUUGUUUUUUUUCCUCUUUUUUUUUUGUGACUCUUUGAACACGGGUGUUGUAAUUGUAUUUGGCUCACACCCUGCUAUCCUUCCCUCCCUCUCCUACACACUGUGGUUUGGUAGAUUUCUACAAGGAUUUAAGGGUAAAUGAAUGCUUUUACAGAUGCAUGUUGUUCUUUUUUUUUUAAUAGCUGGUAUCUAUUAGUGUUUUAAGCAUUUCAAACUUAACUACUAUUAGCCUUUUUUUUUUUCUCGUUCAGACGUUAGUUGUUACUUCUUUCGUUGUCAGUAACAGACAUAGACACUAUACACUCACUGCUGGGUCAGUUGUACUCCAUAUUAUUAUUGUUAUUGUUAUUAUUACAAUUUUGUAUUUUUGUUUUCCAUUAAUAUCAGUAUGGUAACAGACAGCUAGUGGGACAGCCUCCGGACAGGCUCUGUCAGUUGAUGAACGCUUUGUUUCUCGAAAAACCAUCUCAACACAACUAACGGCUCGGCUCGUCUGUCGCCCCAGGAGCCGCCGCCGUUGUGUUGGCUCGGCUUCGAGACGCACAGCUCCUAAAGGUUUUCUUAAGAUGUUGAUCCAUCGGUGGUACAGGAUGCUACGACCGUCAGCGUGACUGAGCUCAGACGCCAAAUUGACACCAACUUGUCUGCGGGGUUUUCCUCAAUAGCAUCUGAGCGUGUUGGGCUGCCAUCUUGAAACCUCCUUUACACACAUGUCCUAACACGGGGGUGGAUGGAUGACAAGCCGACAGGCUCUCAUGCUCCGGGGGAAGGAAGCUGAGUCGGUAAUCACUUAAAAAUGUUACAUUAGAAAGCAAAUUACAAAAAAAAAAACAAAACAUUAGAAAUAUCCCAGACCUCACGGGCUGAUUCAACCAAACCAAACUCGGCUGAUUUUUUAGGGAGUUUACGGUGAGACGUCGCAGCUCUGUCCAACUCCAUCCGCUGACUUCUUUGUGCUCUUCUUGGUGUCCAGACUGUAAUUUUGUAUGUCAGUGCUUUCUUUUUUUGAACGGCGUUGUUUUGUUUCUGCAGUUGAACCACUGCAGUCUAAGGAAGUUUUACUCUGAAAAAGAACCUGCGCCAAGGUGGCAUACAUUCCUCCUGUACAGGAUUUCUACACACUCACAUUAUCUCCACAUCGACAGGCCGAGGCUUAUAACCAGGGCCGCUCGUCCCAGAGUUCCCGCUGACGGCAUCUCUUGCGUCUUUACCGUAGUUACGAAGGUGUCCGUUACAUCAAGCGAAUCGCCCGUACCGUGUGAACGACCAGGCAUUCACGCCGUAACCUUUUUGAGGGACAUUUAGAGUUUAGAGAACUGGGCUAAUUGUAAUCACACUCAUUUCAUGCCCCCGCGCUGAUAACGUCCACACAUUCCAUCCUCAGCUAUCAGAUCUGCGUAGUCUGAUUCCCAGAUUUUUUGACUCAGUCGACUGCAAGUGAAUCAAGCUCCGUAACAACGAAUAAUCUACUUGUGCUUUCCGUGAGCGGUUUAGAGUGGUUUGCAUUGGGAGUUUUGGCAGGCAGGUUUGGGGAGAGGCUGGCCUUCAGGAGCUGAGCUUUUGGAAGCACAACCUGUGAGCGAGGAGGCGUUCACCUGCCACUGAAAGUCUUUUAAGGUCACAGCGAUUCUUCGCAGCCUUCCCCCUCCUCUCAGAUUCAGUUGGCCCUGAUUUAGAUCGCAUGUAGUUAGAAAACACGAGGGUUAAAAGGGUUUGGUGUCCAGAUAACUGUGUUUUUCUAUUGUUAUUCUUUCUCAUUAUCCUUACACUACCACCCUGUAGGUAGGAGGCUCUCCUUAUGCUUCGGCACACACUCCCUACACACUGUAGGAAAAUCACUUAAUAAAAAAAAAAAAACUUUUUUAUAAUAGGUAACUAUAAGACCAUCAUUACGCUGUGCGUAACGAAUGUACAGAGAAAAAAAUCGUAGGUAUUUUUUGAGGAACAAUUAAUUUGUUAAUGAUAUGUAGCUAUUUAAUUGUUGUUUUUUUUCCCUGUCCUUAUAUUGUAAUCAUUGCAUUUUCUUUUUUUUGUGAAAAAAGUUGAUCUUUUUUGUUUAUAGAGUUCGUCUUGUUAGAGUAAAGGUUCAAGUGCAGGAACACAGUAAACGUAUGAAACCACAACAAGCCACAGGUGUGUUGGUGACAAUCGCUACUUCCAUUGGUCCCCUUCGUUCUGCAAUCAUUUCAUUUGCGUUAGAUCACGUGACUAAUGAGACACACGAACAAAGGUUUAACUAAUGAGCAAAAAGAUAGGGUUCUUUUUGGGCAUGUCGUUUGCAUGGAUGGAACAUGAUAAUGUUUUCGCCACUACCCCAGUGUAUGUUCCUGGCCAUUUUCCAAAUCAUUUCCAUUGAACAUACGUGUUAAAACCAACAUUUGUCUUGUGCCAGCAGGCAGCUACAGAGCACCGCUGCACGUAAACAAUAGAAACUGUGGGCUUUGAAAGUCUUGAUGACUCUUCUCGGUCAACAGGUGGGAAGUGAAGUACGAAGGAGAACAUCAGUCCGUUGGAAAACAUUUGUUUAAGCAGCAAAUAAUCUUCAGGAAUGAACAUCCCUGAAUCCGUCUCAGUUCCCACCUGUUGAUGCCAUUUGUCAUCUACAAUCAAGUUAAAUCACACUGAUAAAUUAAAGAGGAGUUGAUCUUUGCUCUGACACAUUUUCUGGGUCUUUUAUUUUAUUUUUUUAUUUUAUUUUUUUUUUUUUUGAAGUGGAAGUAGCAUGUACUUAGUGGUAGUAAUACUCUGAACUGUAAGAAAAAAUCUUUCAAGAAAAAUGACAGUUUGUGGCUCUGUGUCUCCUCCUACUAAAAAGGUUUUGGCAGGCCACCUUUUUUGUACGUAAAGUAGCCUUGAUGAACAAUAAAGUGCUUUUAAACCAC